UGCGUGCAGCAAUCAUAUGCAGUGGGUUACCGAGAGAGCAGCAAGUAAGACGCGCGCUUCAAGGUCAUAGGCAUUAUUUUUGAGAAAACCACGUGUUGGGGGUUGUUAUUUGUAGCUGCGGACUAAAUAAAAUUCAAACUGCGGGCUUUAACGUAUAUAGGACUUGCUUCCGCGAGUGUAACCGGCAUGGCGCCCCGCCGGCAGCACGGCCAAGUUCAAGGCCUCAUUGGUAUCGAUCCCGAAGAGGCCGGUGUAACGCGUUGUUGCGUACCUAACGGAGAUUGUUUGCGCGCACAACAGCAACAAAUGAAUCCUAAUAACAACGAUCCAAUGCUUAUAUCAUUGGACGAUUUACGCGAUACAGUACGCGUUACUUGUAAUAACGACGCGUGCAACGCCGGUCGUUACAUGCACCGGGAGUGUUUUGACGCUUGGGAACAGACGGUCCUGGCCUACCUCAAGACCUGUGGCCGCGCCCGCUCGUGGUCAGAGCGUCAGCGGCACCAAAAUCUGUGGACGAAAAAGGGGUACGAUUUAGCGUUUAAAGCAUGCGGCUGUAAAUGUGGUCGAGGACACCUUAAAAAGGACCUCGAUUGGAUGCCUCCCCCGCCAACUAGCAAUAUUUUCGGGCGCGUAGAAGAAGUCGAAACGGGAAAGAAAAAGAAGCGAAGAAAUCGAAACAAUUCUCGGCCUUCUUUAGCAAUAAACACGUAUCAUCCCAACCCUAUCGAAUUAAGGGGUCGUGCCGGAAGCUUAUCCUCGAGUACAGGUUCGUCCUCCCCUCCCGCAACCGUCAGCGAACCAAGUAUUUCACCGGUCCACGGAAAUUUGAAGAAGAAAACUGGAUUCGAAUUUGCGGAAAAGUACCGGUAAGUUCGAAGGAAAAUGUGUAGAUUGCUCGCUCG